CAGUUUACACAGUCACUCCUUAAAAAAAAACAGUUUACACAGUCACUCUUCUGUCUAGUCUCUUCUUUUCUUCUUCCACGCAUCAACUACAAAAAAAGUUCAAAACUUUCAUUUUCACUUUUCAAAAUUCAAACUGAUUCUCCUUUCCAAUCACUGAAAAAGUGAUCCUGCAACUGGGUUUGUCCAAAAUAAUUUCAAUGGCUGAUGAGAAAGAUGCUUUCUAUGUUGUAAAGAAAGGAAAUGUUGUUGGCAUAUACAAGUCUUUCACUGAUGUUCAACCUUUACUUUCAUCUUCUGCUGUUUCUGGUGAAGCUGCAAGUGUUUUUAAAGGGUUUUCUUUACCUCAAGAAACUGAGGAGUAUCUUGUCUCACAUGGACUUAAGGGAGCCACUUACUCUAUCAGUGCUGCUCAUGUAAAUGCGGGUAGUUUUGGAAGACUUGCUGUUUGUCCUCAUCAGAAUCCCCAGCAGCAUUAUGAGCAGCAUCCUCAGCAGGCUCAGCCUGAUAUGGAGGAUGAGGAUGAGGGCUUUCCAGGGGGGCCUUAUGAGUUGUCUCUUUUACCGAACUUCGGUAAACACGUCGCAUACAAGCUUUGGAGCGACAAAGUAUUGCAAGUGGAGCGUAAGAUGACCGGCGUCUCGCACGGGAAGAAACUUAAGCUUUCUGCCUUGUCACUUCCGUUGCCGGUAGAUGAUAACCGUUGGUUCUGGGAUCCGGUGGAUACAUCCGGUCUAAGGCCCCUCCUUCUGACUGGGUACGAAAGUAUCUCUCACGGGCUAGUUUGUGCUUUGGCUGAGAGAUGGCAUGAGGAGACCAGCAGCUUCCAUCUGCCUGUUGGCGAGAUGACCGUCACACUAGAUGAUGUGGCUUGUCUUCUAGACAUCCCCAUCGUUGGACGGCUUAUUGAGGAGGAUGACUUAGAUCAUUGCGUGGGCGUAGAGCUGUUGGAGAAUCAGCUACUGUUUACGGUGGAGGAUGCGAUGGAGCAGGUGAGUUAUAAUUCUGGUGCUUAUGUCACUUACACAGCCUUGAAAGAGCGUUACGAGCAGCUGUUGAAUAGGUGUAACCAGUUGGUGGGGGAGGAUUUAUCAGAGGAGGAGGAGGAGGAGCAGAGGCGUGUUAGGCCCGCCUGUGUUAAGGCGUUUUUGUUGCUCUUGCUUGGCUACACCCUUUUUGCCGGCAAGAACAGCAAAACCAUUAAUCUGUUGUGGCUGCUUGCGAUUCAGAAUUUGGAUGAGUUAGGCGAGUGGUCAUGGGGCGGGAUGGGACUUGCUUUCUUAUAUGAGCAACUUUCUCUUACCUCCAGCUCACAUGUUGGCUCCUGCGGUGGUUACAUGAGCUUGCUUGUGGGAUGGGUUUUAGCUCACUUCAGACAUAUCGUUCCGAGGAGGAAAUAUGAAGAUUACGAACGGGAGAACCCGUAUGUGGGUAGAUGGAGACCUCCCAGGGGGUAUUCUGAUGCUGGACACUUUAGAGGCUUGAUGGAUUCAAUGGAGCAUUGUCAUGUCAUCUGGAGGCCGUACGAGCACCGACGAGAUGUGACGCCUUUUCAGGACGUGUGCUGGUAUUCUGGAUGGAUCAUGGCCGGCAAACAGAAGAUGGUGCGUCACUUGCCAGAGCGGGUUCUGAGGCAGUACGGCUAUGUUCAGACCGUUCCUCGACCUCCUACGACGAUUGUGCCUCUUGCCCCAGCAGAGGUGGCUACUGCCUUCUUCGAAUUUGUUGUCCAUGUCCUUAGCCAGCAGGAUAGGGGUGACCCGGUCCCAGAGGACGAGUGGUGGAAGCAUUCGGAUGGGUACAUUAAAUGGUUCUACCGUGUAUCCCAUCCUCUUAUCGUCAACCCUGCUCCCGUUCCUGAGUACAUAGCUCCCAGACCUGUCUACCAAGAGGUUAUUGUUGAGCAGGAGUGGGUCAAACAUCCUCCUGAUCCAUUGCAGGUCAUCAACAACAUGAGAGUCCGAGUGGAGCAUGCGAUGGAGAUUCCAGAGGUGGCUUCAAAUCCACUCUUUUUCAACAUUUUGGAGGGUCUCCUGUCCGAUUAUAUCGUGUUUGACAAGGAGCCGGUUCCACGAAGGAGGAGUAGGAGUCCGCGGGUGCAGGAGCAGGAGUAGUAGAGUCUUAUUUUAUGAAUUUUUUAUAUUUGUAGUAUUUUUAUGACAUUUUGUCGGAUUUGGAUGUAAUAUAUUUACAUUUGAGCAUUUGCGCUUAUUUAUGACAUUUUAGUUAAUUUUC